AUGCCCCUCCCUCCGUCUCCCCUGAAAUUGGCACACCGCUACCCCUCCAACAUGGACGACUCUCCGAUCUCUCCAGGGGCCCCAGGAGUUAAUGUCUUUGCUCCUGGGAGUCCUGAAUCACCUCAAACACCUCGAAUGUCCGCACCUCCUUCUCCAAACACCACUCGACAGAACACAAAUGGCUCCCACCGCGAGUCAGUAGAUUUCUCCGCCGACACAGGCGGGGGCGGACUGGGAAAUCUUGCCGAUGAAUUGGCAGAUGCUUGGGAACAAGAAGAAGAUAGCUACGGAUAUGCAUCGGGGCAGGAAAAUAGUCGAGCGGGGUCCCAGCAACUGGAUCACAGUGAUGUUGAAGAAGCGUACUUGCAAUCUGUUCGCGAUAUGCGAUCUCAAUCACCACCGGAUUCGCCGGCAAGAAACAGGCUUCGAAGCAAUCAAUCGAAACAACACCGAAGGCAGGAAUCUCAGUACGAUGGCUCAGACUAUGGGAAUGAGUCCGACUUGGACGAAGUGGCUGAUUUCUCCCCCGCAUUGGAGGCCCAAAUGGCCGAUAUCGAGAGCCUCGUGCGGCGGGGUAUCGAAAACAAUGGUAGUGAGAAUGAUCUUGUUAUCCAACGUACAGUGGAAGCGCUCCGCGAUUUGGGUGGACAAAGUGGAAUCGAGAAUAGUGCCAUGCGACUUAUCACCGCCCAUUCUUCAAUCACAUCUCAUCUUACCCAUCAAACCCGUAUCCUUCAAACCCUCAUCCACCCUCUCCUCUUUUCUCCUUUCCCUCUCUUAUCCGAAGACGCCAUUGACUCCCUUAUGCCUCUUAUUGACGAGGGUCUCCUGCCCAAUCUACCAUAUCCAUUCCCCGAACAAAAUCGUCGAGACUCCAGGCCAACAACCCCAUCACAAAACUCUGCUGCCAAUCCUCUUCAAUCUCUUCAAUCUCUUAUCUCUCAAACCUCAGACAUCACCCACUCUCUCCGUGGCCUUAGCGACACACUCUACGAAUCGCGUCAAAUAACCGCUACUGCAUCUCGCCGACUACGAUCCGCACGAGAACUUGUCGCUGAUCUACGACGCGAAGAAGAAAGUCUCGAAGAAGGCUCGCGAUGGCUCGAAGUAGGCGAGUGGGAUCGACGACUUGAAGAUCGCGAAGCUGGGAAGGAAUGCAGAGAUGUGGUCAGUGGCUUUGAAGCAGUGUGUGGUGAAUGGCGCGAGCGACUUUUCGGAGCUGCCGCGGCUGAAGUUGUCGCAGCGUAA